UGAGAGUUUUAAUAAUGGCGUGGACACAGUGGGGAGCAGCUGCUCUUUACGUUCUGUCCGCUAACAGCAAGAAAGCCGCGAGCAUCGAAAAGGAUUUUAUGGCCGCUUUGAGAGCAUUUUAACGGAACUUAUAAUGUUACCGCACUGAGAUUAAAUCUCCGCUGAGAGCUUCAAACUGUGAAACUACCUGCUGCUCUUCGCUUUGUCAUGUCGUUACUGUGUGUCAGAGUGAAAAAAGCCAAGCUUCAAGGUCCACCAGAUAAGUUCAACACCUACGUGACGCUGAAGGUCCAGAAUGUUAAAAGCACAACCAUCACUGUGCGAGGAGACCAGCCCUGCUGGGAGCAGGACUUCAUGUUCGAGAUCAACCGGCUGGACCUCGGUCUCAUCGUCGAGGUCUGGGACAAAGGUCUCAUCUGGGACACCAUGGUGGGGACGGCCUGGAUUCCUCUGAAGACCAUCCGGCAGUCUGAAGAGGAGGGAUCUGGAGAGUGGAUUUUCCUGGAUGCAGAGGUUUUAAUGAAGGCUGAUGAGAUUUAUGGCACCAAGAACCCAACGCCUCAUCGGGUUCUGCUGGAUACCCGCUUCGAGCUGCCGUUUGAUAUACCAGAAGAUGAGGCUCAGUAUUGGACGGGCAAGCUUGAACGCAUCAACAUGGGAAUCCACGACGAGUAUCCCCUUCAGGAUGUGGACAAUCCGAGGGCCGCGCUGCAAUGUGCCCCCUCCCAGUGUUCUUUGGAUGACCAGGACAGUGCCGUGGACGACAGGGACAGCGACUACCGCAGUGAGACCAGCAACAGUCUGCCGCCGCGGUACCACACCACGGCCCAGCCCAACUCCUCCAUGCACCAGUUCCCCAUGGGGCCUCGUCCGCAGCAGCUGCCGGACUGCUGCACCGACUCUGUCCACAGUUUGGAUCUGGACUACAGGGACCAGAGAGGAAGCAGUCCAGAGGAAAGUAAUCGUUACGGGUCAUCGGGGAACCUGAGCCAGACUAGCUCACAGCUGAGUGAGACUGGCCAUGAGAGCACUGGAGGGUCUGAACUGGAAGAGUCUUUCCACUCCUACCACAGUAUCGGCUUACAUCCCUCCACUAACGGCCAACCUCGCCCCACUGGACAUCUCCCCACCAACGGGCUCUCAACCGGCAGUAAGAAGGACGAGGAUGUCCAGUGCCCUGGAUUAAUACGGGAUUUAAAGAGCGACGCAUCGGAAAAAGAAGCAUCUAAACCCCAAAGAUUCCAUGAUGGAGGCCCGCCGUUGCCUUUCUCCCCAUCUAGAGUUCGUUGGUUGAAAGCCAUCAACAAAGUGAGGGUUCAGCUCCGGGAGGUUAGAGAUGUGGAACCCAACAGCAGACAGGCCUGGCUUAAACCCGGCGGUGGAUCUGGGCUGUAUGGAAUUGACAGCAUGCCAGACUUGCGCAAGAAGAAGCCCAUCCCUUUGGUCAGCGAUGUGGCUAUGUCCCUCGUCCAAGCCAGGAAGGCUGGCAUUGCCUCUGCUAUGGCUGCACGGUCCUCGUUCAAGGAUGAGGAGCUGAAAAACCAUGUGUACAAGAAGACACUGCAGGCUCUCAUCUACCCCAUUUCCUGCACUACACCACAUAACUUUGAGGUGUGGACGGCCACCACUCCCACUUACUGCUAUGAGUGUGAAGGGCUGCUGUGGGGAAUCGCCCGCCAAGGCAUGCGCUGCUCCGAGUGUGGGGUCAAGUGCCACGAAAAGUGCCAGGAGCUGCUUAAUGCUGAUUGCUUACAGCGAGCGGCUGAGAAAAGCUCCAAGCAUGGAGCAGAAGAUCGCACCCAGAAUAUCAUCAUGGCCAUGAAAGACAGGAUGAAGAUCCGAGAAAGGAACAAACCGGAGAUCUUCGAGCUGAUCAGGGAAGUGUUCGAUGUCGCUAAAGCCCUUCAUGCUCAGCAGAUGAAGACCAUCAAACAGAGCGUGUUGGACGGGACCUCGAAGUGGUCAGCCAAGAUCACCAUCACGGUGGUUUGUGCUCAGGGACUUCAGGCGAAAGACAAGACCGGUUCCAGUGAUCCAUAUGUGACAGUUCAGGUGGGCAAGACCAAGAAGAGAACCAAGACCAUUUAUGGCAACCUCAACCCAGUCUGGGAGGAAAAGUUUCACUUCGAAUGCCACAACUCUUCGGACCGCAUCAAAGUUCGCGUUUGGGACGAAGACGAUGACAUCAAGUCGAGAGUGAAGCAGCGCUUGAAGAGGGAGUCGGAUGAUUUCUUGGGCCAGAGUAUCAUCGAAGUUCGAACUCUGAGCGGAGAAAUGGACGUCUGGUACAACCUGGAGAAGAGGACGGACAAGUCGGCCGUGUCUGGUGCCAUUCGGCUGCAAAUCAACGUGGAGAUCAAAGGAGAGGAGAAAGUGGCUCCGUAUCAUGUGCAGUACACCUGUUUGCAUGAGAAUCUGUUCCACUUUUCCACCGACGUGCUCGGCCAGGGGGCGGUUAGAAUCCCAGAGGCUCGUGGAGACGAUUCAUGGAAGCUCUACUUUGACGAUGUGGCGCAGGAAAUAGUUGACGAGUUUGCGAUGCGCUACGGGAUCGAGUCCAUCUACCAAGCUAUGACACAUUUUGCCUGCUUGUCUACGAAGUACAUGUGUCCUGGGGUUCCUGCGGUAAUGAGCAGCCUGCUAGCUAAUAUCAACGCGUUCUACGCCCACACCACUGCAUCCACCAACGUCUCUGCCUCCGACCGUUUCGCUGCGUCCAAUUUUGGGAAAGAGCGCUUUGUUAAGCUUCUAGAUCAGCUGCACAACUCCUUGCGUAUUGAUCUCUCCACCUAUCGGAACCAUUUUCCUGCCAGCAACAAAGACCGCCUGCAAGAUUUGAAAUCAACAGUGGACCUUCUGACCAGCAUCACAUUCUUCAGGAUGAAGGUCCAGGAGUUGCAGUCUCCACCCAGAGCCAGUCAGGUUGUGAGGGACUGCGUCAAAGCCUGUCUCAACUCCACCUAUGACUACAUCUUCAAUAACUGCCAUGAACUGUACAACAGACAGUACCAGCCUGCAGAUGCAAACAAGGAAGAGCUCCCCCUGGAGGAGCAGGGCCCCAGUAUCAAGAACCUGGACUUCUGGCCCAAACUCAUCAUGCUUAUCGUCUCCAUCAUCGAGGAAGACAGGAACUCCUACACGCCUGUCCUUAACCAGUUUCCGCAGGAGCUGAAUGUUGGAAAGGUUUCAGCAGAAGUCAUGUGGAUGCUUUUCGCUCAGGACAUGAAAUACGCUUUGGAAGAGCAUGAGAAGCAUCGACUGUGUAAAAGCACAGACUACAUGAAUCUACACUUUAAAGUCAAGUGGCUCUACAAUGAAUACGUCAAGGAGCUUUCAACCUUUAAGAGCGUCAUUCCUGAAUACCCAUCUUGGUUUGUGCAGUUCGUUCUGCAGUGGUUGGAUGAAAACGAGGACGUGUCGAUGGAAUUCAUGCAUGGAGCCCUGGAGAGAGACAAGAAAGACGGAUUCCAGCAGACGUCUGAGCAUGCUCUGUUCUCCUGCUCGGUGGUGGACAUCUUCACCCAGCUCAACCAGAGCUUUGAGAUCAUCAAGAAACUGGAAUGCCCCGAUCCCAACGUCAUGGCUCAGUACAGCCGCCGCUUCUCCAAGACUAUCGCCAAAGUUCUCCUGCAGUAUAGUGCCAUCCUUACCAAGAGUUUUCCUUCAUAUAUCGACAAGGAGAAAAUUCCUUGUGUCCUCAUGAAUAACGUGCAGCAGCUGAGAAUCCAGCUGGAGAAAAUGUUUGAAUCAAUGGGUGCCAAACAGAUGGACACGGAGGCCAGCGACCUGCUGAGCGACCUUCAGGUGAGGCUCAACAACGUUCUGGACGACCUCAGCAGCACGUUUGGGAACAGCCGCACGGCACGGAAACAAUACUUCCACGCCGGAGGGAACGGACUGAAGAAGGCCUUCCUGGAGAAGAGCGCCGAGCUUUCCUCUCUCCGCCACGCUCUGUCUCUCUACACCCAGACCACUGACACCCUCAUCAAAACCUUUGUGACCACGCAGCAUUCACAAGUGCACAAUGGGAAGGGUAUUAGGCUAACUCCUAAUGAGAAAACGCAGCCCAACAGGGGCUCAGGCGUGGAUAAACCCAUCGGGGAGGUGUCCCUGCAGAUUGAGCUCUACACCCAUCCAAAGAGUGGAGAGCGGAAAGUUACACUGAAAGUCAUAGGAGCCAGCGAUUUGAAGUGGCAGACGUCCGGUAUGUUCAGACCGUUCGUGGAAGUCACCAUGAUCGGGCCUCAUCUCAGCGACAAGAAACGCAAAUUUCAGACCAAAUCCAAGAACAACAGCUGGUCUCCCAAAUACAACGAAACCUUCCACUUCGUUCUGGGGAACCAGGACGGCUUCGAGUGCUACGAGGUUCAAGCCUGCGUCAAAGACUACUGCUUCGGCCGCGCGGACAGCGUGGUGGGCCUGGCCGUGGUUCAGCUGAGGGACAUCAUGGAGAAGGGAAACUGUGCCUGCUGGUGCCCCCUGGGGCAGCGCAUCUACAUGGACGACACGGGCCUCACCGCCAUGCGGAUCCUCUCCCAGCGCUCCAACGACGACGUGGCGAAGGAGUUCGUUCGGCUCAAGUCGGAGACGCGGUCGGCGGAGGAGGGAAGAUGAGAGUGUUCUUCACCUCCUAACCCUCGUCUUCGUCAGCUGAUGGGACGCAGCACGUCACAGGGCCAAAUGACACCCCAUCCACCCCAAGUGUUCUUGUGCAAUAACCCCCCACCCCACCCUCCCUGAGGUUCAAGCCUUUCGCUCUGAAAGCUGUGAAUGUUGAUCUUUCUGCAGCUCCUCUGGCUGAAAACAGAAAGAAAAUCCCUGUUUUUAAUAACUGGAAGCUGAAGGUUUUACAUCCUCAUCAAUCAUUUCGCUUAUUUUAGCAGAUUAAAACAGAUUAUGACAGUCUGAGCGGCUAAAUGUGUGCCUUGGAUUAAAUCUGUCUUCGUCCUGUUUGGACAUUUUUGUUUCAGGCCCCGUGGCCUCAUGUUUCCUGUUUUACACUGCCGCCAUUUUAUUUAUUUUUUAUAUCUAUUUAUUUCCUUUUAGAAGACUUUGAUUUCUGCUGGGAAAUGAUUUGUUUUUUUUACUUUUUUCCUCUCAUGUUUGGACCCCGUUUGCACAGCGGCUCUGGGGAAAAAGCUGCAGUUUUGUUACAGAUUAAAUUGCACAACCGGACCUGAGUAAAGUUAUUUACAUUCAUCUGUUUAAAAAUACUAUAUAGUUUACAUUUCACCCCCUUGCCCAUUUAUUUCUCUCUUAAUUGCCUUAAUUAAAAAAAAACUAUUUUUUAUUUAUUAUUUAAUGUUUAUUCUUAAUUUCUUAAUAAUCUUAAAUGAAUUUCCCCAGAUUGAUGUCAAAUUAGUUGAAUUUCCUGAAUGUUUUGUAUUUUUUAUUCCAGUAAUUGGAUGUAAUCUGGGUUUUUGUGGAAAUCUGUCCGUUUGGGUCUCAUUUCCCGUUUUAUUUAUUUAGUCUUAAAUGCUCCUUUUAUGUUUUAAAGUGAUUUUUCUGGAUGUUUCUUUGCUUCUUGAAGUGACACACUGCAAAAUCUAAAAAUGAGUAAAAAUGUCUUAAAUUAAGUGUA